UGUCAUCCACNUCACAUUUGGGGCUGUUUUUCCAUCAUGGCUUGACACAUUCCCUCGCGGCUCGCGCAGAAAAUAGACCAGACGCCGAACUGAUCGCUGCAAAUCGUGAGGCCUGCCGCGGAGCUUUCCGGCGCGGCGCGGCCAGUGUGGACGACACAGUCGGUUAACAUGGGCGCCGAAAGGAAACUGCCUUCUCUUCUCGGCGCUUCGAGGCUAUUCGCGGCGCUUCCGCGGGCCGUGUGGCCCUGGCAUCGACAUCAACGUCAUAGGUGUUAUGACAGAUGAGGAGUUAGGACAGUAUAUCGUAAGAUAUGGGGACCGACUUGCACUCAGAGCAUUUUGUUGUGAAAGAACUGUAACAAACGAAAUAUCAGGGGGAGUGGAGACAGUGAAGUCCGCUCUCAUGCAGAAAGUAAGAGACAGGCUUGGGGAACAACGAAAAACUCCUGCCAACAGAGACACAGAAGGCCCCGGUAUUGGCAAUAAACAUGCAGUCAAAGUCACCCGGCGGGUUGAAAUGGGAUGGCACUUAUCACCAAAUCAGGACAAGAAAUGGAGGUGGAACACGGCACCUGUCGGUCCAGAAAUCAGUAACUAUGGGUGAACUGCUGGAGACGGGCAAAUCCUUGUUUUUUCCAAAUGGUAUUCAUCCAAAGGACCGAUGGAAGACUUCGAGUUUCAUAUUCGUGAUUACAGUCACAAUGCAGUAUCCCCUGAAGUCACAAUGGGCCAGCUGUACGAGCAGACUAAACUACGAAUGCUGCGCAUCUACACAACCUCCAAGGCUAAAGACGUAAUACAAGUUCUCUCUGAUGCAUCAUCGGACUUCGAGCCCACAGAUGAGAGGCCAGUUAAGACUAGGACAACGCAGAGUCGAUCCUUGAGGAACAAAACCAGGAGACGUCAUCACUUGAGGACUGGAACUGAUCAUCAAGUGGAUCAUCCAGAGAGCUCCUCUGAUUUAGAUCCAGCAUCCAGUGGCUCAAUGCAGGAAAACCAUGAAAAAAGAGGAGAACCAAUCAGCCAAUCAAGAUUAGCAACUCCUGAGAUGAGUAACACAGAGGUCCUGCAUCCCCCAUCUUCGGAUGAUGUUGGCAGUCAUACUUGGCAAUCAACAAGCAGGCAUGAAUCUGAAGAUGACUGUCUAAUGCCUGUGUCAAAUCAAGAUGCAGACCAGUUAUUAAGUGAUGAGUUGGAUUCCCCUCUUGCCCUUGCCAUCCAAGCAUCUCUUGAGGACUUUGAAGUACACUUUGGACCCGUUACUGGUGAUGAUGGUGAUAAUCAAGACUCCACCCUUCCCUGGAAUCCACAUGACUUGAACAGUAUUCAGCACUGUACACUGAAUGACGGUCCUGUAUCAUCAAGCAGUCUUCCAGCAUCACCAGACCCAUUUGAAAAAGAACUCCUCCUUGUGAAAUUAAGACGAGUAAACAUAGUUGAUGAUGUCCUUAAUGUCUUCAUGGAACCAAAAUUACUGAAUGCUAAUCUAAAAUUUGAGUUUACAAAUGAGAAAGCUAUGGACAGUGAUGGUGUGUCAAGACAGGCAUAUUCCACGUUCUGGGAACAUUUCUUGGAACAGUGUGAGGGGGAAGAUGACAGAGUACCCAGACUACGACCAGACUAUUCUGAGAAGAAAUGGCAAGCUCUUGGAAGAGUGUGGUUGAAAAGAUACCUGGACCACAAAAUCAUACCAAUCAGACUGUCACCAGCUUUUGUUCUUGCCUGUUGUCAAGGAGUUAGUUCAGUGGAUGAAGAACUCUUGAUGAUGUCAUGUGCCAGAUUUCUUUCAGAGAAUGAGUGUGCAUCACUUGAAAAAGCACUACAGGGCAACAUUGAUGAAAAUGUUGAGGAGGACUUACUUGAUGUCUUCUCAAGAAUGGGCUGA